AUGUCAAAUGCAGCAGAUAUACUGCACAACCCGGAUUUUGAAAUCCCUCCAACAAAUACAACAGCAAACUCCACCUCACAAUUCAUGCUUCUCACCAAAUUCAACACCAUUCCUGGAUGGUCAUUCAAUGGCACUGUCUGGUAUGUAAGUUCUGGUCCCAAUAUCUCGUUACCAGCGAAUGGCCAUGCGGUGCAGUUGGCUGAAAAUGGCAAAAUCAAUCAAACUUUCGGAGCUACAGAUGACUAUCGGCAGUAUAUCCUCACCUUCACACUCACUGCACGUGGUGAUGAUUGCUUCAAUAAUGCCACGGCUGUGAAUGUAUCUGUUCCUGAGAGAUCAAGGGCCUUCUCUAUUCUAGGUCAUUUUGGUAAAAAUCUGUGGGAAACUUAUGCUUUCUACUUGGGAGAUUGGGGAAGUAAAAGAGACUCCAUCAAACUUGAGAUCACAGGCGUGACAACAAAUACAGCCUCAAAUAUUACUUGCUGGCCUAUAGUAGAUAAUUUUCUUAUCACAAGGCAUGUGAUGCCAAGAUGGUAUGAUGAUAACAUUCUGGCAAAUGGUGGAUUUGAGGUUGGACCAGCAUUUAUCAAGAACUCUUCAGAGGGAAUUCUAUUAAAUGAAGAACCGGAGAUAUUUAAUUCCCCAAUGCAAGGCUGGUCUAUCAUUGGAAUAAUAAAGUACAUAGACUCCAGUCACUACAAAGUUCCCGAAGGCAGAGCAGCAAUUGAGCUUGUUUCUGGGUCUCCAUCCGGAAUCCAAAUAGACCUAACCCUCACAGUUGGAUCCACAUACAGUUUGGAAUUCAUGAUGGGAGAUGCAAAUGAUUCGUGCGUGGGAGAUUUUAUUGUGUAUGCUCAGAUAGGAACGACCAUACAGAAUUUCACAGUGAAAAGCAAUGGCACAGGAUCAGCCCAGAAGCAAUUUAUGACAUUUGAGGCAGAGUUCACGAGACUAACAUCCAUCAGCAUUACAAGUUUCAAUGAAACUCGAACAAAUGAUAACGUGCUUUGUGGCCCUGUUAUUGACAAUGUUAUUUUUCGAGCUUCUGUUUCUUAUGCAGAAAAAAUGAAACAGUACAUAGGAGUUUUGAGCUUGCUUUUGACCUUGUUGAUACUUCUAUAG